AUGACACGCGAUUACUAUGCCAAGAGAGUGAGAGAAUGGCGAAACCGCGAAAUAAACCCCGUGAGAAUUUGCCAUCCGGAUCCUAUUCUGCUCCAAAUUGGCUAUUUGAACAACGGGUUUGUUCCAGUGGAGUCUUUGGACCUUCAAAUAAGAAAUGCGCCUUUUUCUGAACCGAAAUCAGCCGCACGUUUGCACUUGGAUGAUGAUUUCGUGAGGGACGCAUGGCAGUAUGGACCAGGCUCCGGGUUUGGCGAGCUUCUUGAUUUUGUGACCGAGGUUACACGUGAGAUCCACACACCAGCUGCUUCAGACUGGGCCACCGUCCUUGACUGUGGAACUACAGACGGAUUGUCCAAAAUUUUCCAUGCCUUUAUAGAUCGUGGAGAUUGUGUUCUGUGUGAGGAAUUCACCUACACCCCGGUUCUUUCAUCUCUUGCUUGUGUUGGUGGAAUGACUGUUCCGGUGCCCAUGGACGCUUCAGGAAUUGAUCCGGAUGACUUACGACACUUACUGGCUAAUUGGACUACUCUUAGACCCGGAUACCGGUUCCCCAAAAUGCUAUACACCAUUCCCUCGGGCCAAAAUCCAACGGGAGUGACUCAGUCGUUUUACCGGAGAGCCGAAGUGUACGACGUUUGCCGCGAAUUCGAUUUGCUGAUUGUAGAAGACGAUCCAUACUGCUAUUUGGUUUUGGAGGACUUCGAGACCGUUGAUGAGUAUAAGCAGAAGGUGCCCAAAUCCUACCUAGCACUCGACACAGACGGCCGUGUUUUGCGAUGUGAGUCUUUCUCAAAGAUUUUUUCACCUGGGAUUCGUCUUGGAUAUAUUGUUGGGACACGUGAGUUUAUCGAAACACUCAAACUGUACUCCAAUGCCAUCAAUGGGCCGCCUUCGGGGGUUUCACAGAUGGUUCUUCGGUCUACUCUCGAGGCAUGGGGCUGGGCUCCUGGAUACUACGAGUGGCUGAUGCAGAUUUCACGAGAAUACCGCAGGAGACUGGAUUGUGCUAUAGCAUUUUUGGAGAAGUCAAAAUUGUUCCAAAUGGGGAAGAUCAAGUUUUCUAGGCCUUCGAAUGGGAUGUUUCUCAAAAUCGACAUAGCCGUCCCCUUGGACUCCAUUUCGGGGAUCAACGAUUCGAUGGACUCUCUUCAGCACACUUGCCAUGAAAAUGGCGUUGGUAUAAUUCUUGGAAGAGACAUGGUGGCUAGUGAGCAGACAAGUUUAGUUGCAUUUAUUCGUAUUGGUGUGAGUGCUGUCGAUGAUGCGGAGGUGCUCUGUCGUGGACUUGAGAGGACGCUGAGGUCAAUCGAAGUCCUGGGGACUGGUAAAGGCUGA